AUGCGGCCAACCGCGCUGGCGGACGUCGGCUCGCUCGCCUCGCUCGCGGCUCGGCCAGGCGACGGCUCUAUCGCCAAUGACCAGGCCACCUCGAUGGUGCUCUCGGCACGGGAGAGGAGCUGCUCCGUACAGAGCGACUCAGACUCGGGUUCGUCGUGCACCACAGAGUACUCUUGGCGCCGGCAGGUCAUCGAGUACCCUUGGGCCGAGCCCAGCUUCACGGUCCGCUCCGCGCUGCUUGCGCCGUCCUCCUCGCCCGUCACCGUCUAUGCGCCCCUCCCCGUCCCGGACGCGAAGCGAAUUGCGUGCGGACAGCGGGGCCUCUCCCUCUUCGCCGCGUUGGGCCACCACCAGCGGCUCGGCGAGGCGCUCAAUGUAGCCGUGGUGGUGAGCACACAAGUCUACGAGGGCGUCUCGCCGCUGAGCCUGCACGCCGCGCUCAACCAGCCGACGCAGCUCAAGCGCGAGAUCUCCGAGAUCAAGCGCGAGAUCUCCGAGAUCGAGCGCCAGCCGCGCCGCAUCCCGAGCCAGCGCGACUGCGACGGCGACCGCACACCGCUGCACUGGGCGGCGGCGCGCGGGAACUCGCACUGCGCGGCGCUGCUGGUGGCCGCGGGCGCCGACGUGCUCGCCACUGACCGCGCGGGGCUUACUCCGGCGAGCCUCGCCUUCUCGCUGCGCCAGUGGUCCACCUACGCCUUCCUCGCCGAGCGCGAGCGGGAGGCGGGCGAGGCGCGGAGCUCGAGGCAGGAGUGCGAGGACGACGACGUCUGAGAGACGAAAAUGCGCGAUCGCCGGCGCCGCGCCGGAGUGAGUGUGCACGGGCCGCUGUGAGGAUGUUUUCCGUUUUCGGUUAGUUAGGGGUCUGGGCGUCUGGCUGCCGUAGUUGAGCGCUUCGAUUUUCCAAAAUCCUG